ACAGCGAAGACUAGGAUGGUAAGCAGCCAGCCGAAGUACGAGCUGAUCCAGGAGGUGGGGCGUGGCAGUUACGGCGUGGUCUAUGAGGCGGUGGUGAAGCGCACCAGGGCCCGGGUGGCGGUGAAGAAGAUCCGCUGCCACUCUCCGGAGAAUGUGGAGCUGGCCUUGCGGGAGUUCUGGGCCCUGAGCAGCAUCCAGAGCCAGCACCCAAACGUCAUCCACCUGGAGGAGUGCAUCCUACAGCGGGACCAGCUGGCCCAGAGGAUGAACCACGGGUCCAGUUCACCGCUCUACCUGGAGCUGGUGGAGACGUCUCUGAAGGGCGAGAUCACCUUUGACCCCUGCUGUGCCUCCUACCUGUGGUUCGUCAUGGACUUCUGUGACGGCGGUGACAUGAACGCCUACCUGUUGUCCCGCAAGCCCAGCCGCAAAACCAACACCAGUUUCAUGCUGCAGCUGGGCAGCGCCUUGGCCUUCCUGCAUCGCAACCAGAUCAUUCACCGCGACCUCAAACCGGACAACAUCCUCAUCUCACAGGCCUGCACCCCCGCCGGGUCGCCCGAGCCCACCCUCAAAGUGGCCGACUUCGGCCUGAGCAAAGUCUGCUCCGCCUCCGGGCUCAACCCGGAGGAGCCGGCCAGCGUCAACAAGUGCUUCCUGUCCACGGCCUGCGGGACCGACUUCUACAUGGCCCCCGAGGUCUGGGAGGGCCACUACACGGCCAAGGCCGACAUCUUCGCCUUAGGGGUGAUCAUUUGGGCCAUGGUGGAGCGGAUCACCUUUGUGGAUGUGGAGACUCAGAAGGAGCUGCUGGGCAGCUACGUGCAGCAGGGCUCGGAGAUCGUCCCGUUGGGGGAGGCCCUCCUGGAGAACCCCAAGAUGGAGCUGCCCAUCCCCGCCCGCAAGAAGAGCAUGAACAGCCGCAUGAAGCAGCUGCUGCGGGAGAUGCUGUCGGCCAACCCGCAGGAGCGGCCCGACGCCGUGGAGCUGGAGCUCAGACUGAUCCGGAUCGCCUGCAGGGAGCUGGACUGGGACACGUGAGGCGGGGACUCCGAUCUCCUCAUGAGUUUUCCCCCUCCAUAUCAAGAAGCUGUGUGUAUUUUUGCAGAAUAACUAGUGCAGGCAUCAGUUUUGAGGGGUUGGACUUCUUGUGCCUGGAAGGGGGAGGGGCUCUUCAGUGACUCCACCUCCUUCCAGCUCCUCCCGAAACAGCUGCGUUCUGACCUCGGUGCUAAACCUUUCUGAAUGCAAUACGUUUUUACGAGACGUGUUCCUGUGAUCAUCCUCCUGCACCGGCGCCACAUCCAAAACCCCCUCAACGGGCCGGGUCUGGACCUCAAACCGACCCGAGGCUCAGAAGGAGCCCUGAACGCUCAGGAAACCAUGCAGCUGCUCCGACGGGACGGGGCGUCUUUGUCUCACCUGUCCGGUCAGUUCCUCCCACCGUUCCUCUCUCCAGUGCAGUCGUUCUGCGCUCACCAGCGCCUCCGUGAGGCCUGGAUUGGUUGCUGCUCUUAAAUGUCACCUCAUGUUUAAACAGGGCGGGGCUGUUUUGGUUUUUUUACACCUAACAGGGUUCUGGUUCACAAACCGAAACACGAAUCCACCUGAAUUUAAUAAUUUUAUGGUUCUAUUGAAGGUUCACUCGGUUUAAUUUCAAAUUUAGUGAUGUGUUCAGUUUUCACUGUGGUCUCCCUCCGAGUCCGAUCGCUGCUGCUAGAAACACGGCAGCAGUACACCUGCAGCCUGAAAGAAGGGAAACUAUUUAACAGAAACGGCAGAAAGUACACGCCCUCCUGAACCGUUGAACCAUUGAACCGCAAUGGACGGAGUUCAGGUUGGAUGUCUCCAAUCUCAGCGCUGUUGUGUUUCCCAUCAGGAAUCCCAGCAUUCCUCUGGGUCUGACCUAUAAUCACAGAGAGUCCUAUGGGGUCAAAUCAGAACCAGCUUAAAGUGAACGAAACAACACAUUGAAAACUUGAAAAAUAGACAUUGUAACUGAAAAAAA